AGGGAAAUCAGCAUAAGAUCCUGCCCUCCUGCUCUCCUUUUAUACCCUACUCCAGAAGCAUGCUAACGCAGCCAAGCUGGGCAUGCCCACCCAAGCUGACCAUCAAUUAAUCAUCCACCACAAGUGCUUUAGUAGUUGUUAUAUUAAUGGACAGCAUCGUAUAUCAGCAAAGGUACCAGAUGUCUUGGGAAGAGAGUUCUGUUGUGGGCCGUGGUAAAGUUAUUGCCAGUUUUCGAGGAACCGUCCCAUAUGGCUUGUCACUGGAAAUCGGAGACACAGUUCAGAUCCUGGAGAAGUGUGAUGGCUGGUACAGAGGAUUUGCCUUAAAAAACCCAAAUAUCAAGGGUAUAUUUCCUUCCAGCUAUGUUCACUUGAAAAAUGCCUGUGUAAAGAAUAAAGGACAAUUUGAAAUGGUUAUUCCUACUGAAGACUCUGUUAUCACAGAAAUGACAUCCACAUUAAGGGACUGGGGGACCAUGUGGAAGCAGCUCUAUGUGAGAAAUGAAGGGGAUCUCUUCCAUCGGCUGUGGCACAUCAUGAAUGAAAUCCUUGAUCUGCGGCGGCAGGUGCUGGUUGGCCAUCUCACCCACGACCGGAUGAAGGAUGUCAAACGCCACAUUACCGCUCGCCUGGACUGGGGCAACGAACAACUGGGACUGGACCUGGUGCCCAGGAAAGAGUAUGCAAUGGUGGAUCCCGAGGACAUCAGCAUUACUGAGCUUUACCGAUUGAUGGAACAUCGACAUCGCAAGAAAGACACGCCGGUGCAGGCCAGCAGUCACCACCUCUUCGUCCAGAUGAAGAGUCUCAUGUGUUCCAACCUGGGAGAGGAGCUGGAGGUCAUCUUCUCACUCUUUGACAGUAAAGAGAACAGGCCAAUCAGUGAGAGAUUUUUCUUGAGACUGAACAGAAAUGGGCUUCCCAAAGCCCCAGAGAAACCAGAACGACACUGCUCUCUCUUCAUGGAUUUGGGUAGCAGCGAGUUAAGAAAGGACAUCUACAUUACUGUGCACAUUAUCCGAAUUGGUCGAAUGGGAGCAGGAGAAAAAAAGAAUGCCUGCAGUGUGCAGUACCGGCGGCCCUUUGGCUGCGCAGUUCUCAGCAUUGCUGAUCUGCUAACAGGAGAGACGAAGGACGACCUCGUCCUCAAAGUGUACAUGUGUAACACAGAGAGUGAGUGGUACCAAAUCCAUGAGAACAUCAUCAAAAAGCUGAAUGCACGCUAUAAUUUGACCGGCUCCAAUGCAGGGUUAGCUGUUUCUCUCCAGCUCUUGCACGGGGACAUCGAACAGAUCAGAAGAGAGUACUCAUCAGUAUUUUCUCACGGAGUGUCCAUAACAAGGAAGUUGGGUUUUUCUAAUAUUAUCAUGCCUGGCGAAAUGAGGAAUGACUUAUACAUCACCAUAGAAAGGGGAGAAUUUGAGAAAGGAGGGAAGAGCGUGGCCCGGAAUGUGGAAGUUACCAUGUUCAUUGUCGACAGCAGUGGCCAGACCUUGAAGGACUUCAUCUCUUUUGGCUCUGGCGAGCCACCAGCUAGUGAGUACCACUCCUUCGUGCUUUACCACAACAAUAGUCCCCGGUGGUCUGAACUGCUGAAACUUCCUAUUCCCGUGGACAAGUUCCGGGGCGCACAUAUCCGCUUUGAAUUUCGCCAUUGUUCCACAAAGGAGAAAGGGGAGAAGAAGUUGUUCGGUUUCUCUUUUGUGCCCCUGAUGCAGGAAGAUGGUCGGACUCUUCCAGACGGCACUCACGAGCUCAUCGUGCAUAAGUGUGAAGAAAACACAAAUCUUCAGGAUACUACCCGCUACCUCAAACUUCCCUUCUCCAAGGGCAUUUUCCUUGGGAAUAAUAAUCAAGCCAUGAAGACCACAAAGGAGUCUUUCUGGAUAACGUCUUUUCUGUGUUCCACAAAACUCACACAGAACGGUGAUAUGCUUGAUCUUUUGAAAUGGAGAACCCACCCAGACAAGAUCACAGGCUGUCUUUCUAAAUUAAAAGAAAUCGAUGGCUCAGAGAUAGUAAAGUUUCUACAAGAUACACUGGAUACUUUAUUUGGAAUUUUAGAUGAAAAUUCCCAAAAGUAUGGGUCGAAAGUUUUUGAUUCUUUGGUUCACAUAAUAAAUUUACUGCAAGAUAGCAAAUUUCAUCAUUUUAAACCUGUAAUGGACACUUACAUUGAGAGUCAUUUUGCUGGGGCACUUGCGUACAGAGAUCUCAUCAAAGUGCUCAAGUGGUAUGUGGACAGGAUCACGGAAGCAGAGCGGCAGGAGCACAUCCAGGAGGUGCUGAAGGCCCAGGAAUACAUUUUUAAAUAUAUAGUUCAAUCCCGAAGGCUGUUUUCUCUCGCCACUGGUGGGCAAAAUGAAGAAGAAUUUCGCUGCUGCAUCCAGGAGCUCCUUAUGUCUGUCCGUUUCUUUCUUUCACAAGAGAGCAAAGGGUCUGGAGCGUUAUCUCAGUCACAGGCUGUGUUUCUGAGCUCCUUCCCAGCCGUGUACUCAGAACUGUUGAAGCUCUUUGAUGUCCGGGAAGUGGCCAACUUGGUACAGGACACUCUGGGCAGCCUGCCGACCAUCAUGCACGUGGACGAUUCCCUGCAGGCCAUUAAGCUGCAGUGCAUCGGCAAAACUGUGGAAAGCCAGCUCUACACCAACCCAGAUUCCCGGUACAUUCUCCUGCCAGUCGUGUUACAUCACCUCCACAUUCACUUGCAAGAACAGAAGGACUUGAUCAUGUGUGCGCGUAUCCUUAGCAACGUAUUUUGUCUCAUCAAGAAAAACAGCUCGGAAAAAUCUGUGUUGGAGGAGAUAGAUGUGAUAGUGGCCAGCCUUCUGGACAUCCUGCUGAGGACCAUCCUGGAGAUCACCAGUCGACCUCAGCCAUCCAGCUCUGCCCUGCGGCUCCAGUUCCAGGACGUCACUGGAGAAUUUGUGGCCUGUCUCCUGUCCCUGUUGCGACAAAUGACAGAUAGACAUUAUCAACAGCUUCUUGACAGUUUUAAUACAAAGGAAGAACUAAGGGAUUUCCUGCUGCAGAUAUUCACUGUGUUCCGAAUACUGAUCCGCCCGGAGAUGUUUCCCAAGGACUGGACUGUGAUGCGCCUGGUUGCUAACAAUGUUAUUAUCACAACAGUUCUGUACCUCUCAGAUGCACUUCGUAAAAACUUCCUAAAUGAGAACUUUGACUAUAAGAUCUGGGACUCCUACUUUUACCUUGCAGUCAUUUUUAUAAACCAGUUGUGUCUGCAGCUGGAAAUGUUCACACCUUCCAAAAAGAAAAAGGUAUUAGAAAAGUAUGGUGACAUGCGGGUGACAAUGGGUUGUGAAAUUUUUAGCAUGUGGCAAAACCUCGGAGAACACAAACUUCAUUUUAUCCCAGCCCUGAUCGGCCCCUUCCUAGAAGUGACCUUGAUUCCCCAGCCAGAUCUCCGGAAUGUCAUGAUCCCUAUUUUCCAUGAUAUGAUGGACUGGGAGCAGAGGCGGAGUGGCAACUUUAAACAGGUGGAAGCCAAGUUAAUUGACAAACUGGACAGCCUGAUGUCAGAAGGCAAAGGUGAUGAAACGUACCGUGAGCUCUUCAACAGUAUAAUUCCACUAUUUGGUCCCUAUCCUAGUCUACUAAAGAAAAUUGAGCGGGAAACAUGGAGGGAAAGUGGCGUUUCAUUAAUCGCUACUGUAACUCGCCUAAUGGAGAGGUUGUUAGAUUACAGGGACUGCAUGAAAAUGGGAGAGGUAGAUGGCAAAAAGAUUGGCUGCACGGUUAGCCUUCUGAACUUUUAUAAGACUGAACUGAACAAGGAAGAGAUGUAUAUCCGCUACAUCCACAAACUCUAUGAUCUGCAUCUUAAAGCACAGAACUUUACAGAAGCUGCCUACACUCUCCUGCUGUAUGACGAGCUGCUCGAGUGGUCUGAUCGGCCGCUCAGGGAGUUCCUGACCUACCCCAUGCAGACUGAAUGGCAGCGCAAGGAGCACCUGCACCUCACUAUCAUCCAGAACUUCGACAGAGGCAAAUGUUGGGAGAAUGGGAUCAUCUUGUGCCGGAAGAUUGCGGAGCAGUAUGAAAGUUAUUAUGACUACCGAAACCUGAGCAAGAUGAGGAUGAUGGAAGCUUCCCUGUAUGACAAAAUUAUGGACCAACAGCGUCUGGAGCCGGAGUUCUUCAGAGUUGGAUUUUACGGGAAAAAAUUUCCAUUUUUCUUAAGAAACAAGGAGUUCGUGUGUCGAGGGCACGACUACGAGAGGCUGGAGGCCUUCCAGCAGAGGAUGCUGACCGAGUUCCCCCACGCCAUCGCCAUGCAGCACGCCAACCAGCCCGACGAGACCAUCUUCCAGGCAGAAGCGCAGGAUUUGCAGAUCUAUGCUGUGACUCCCAUUCCAGAGAGCCAAGAGGUCCUGCAGAGAGAGGGUGUUCCAGACAACAUCAAGAGCUUCUACAAAGUGAAUCACAUCUGGAAAUUCCGCUACGACAGACCAUUUCACAAAGGCACGAAGGAUAAGGAGAAUGAAUUCAAGAGUCUCUGGGUGGAGAGAACGUCCCUGUACUUGGUGCAGAGUUUACCUGGCAUUUCCCGCUGGUUUGAAGUGGAAAAGCGUGAAGUGGUAGAAAUGAGUCCUCUGGAAAAUGCAAUUGAAGUCUUGGAAAAUAAGAAUCAGCAGCUGAAGACUCUGAUUAGUCAAUGUCAGACCAGACAGAUGCAGAAUAUUAACCCUCUGACCAUGUGUCUGAACGGAGUCAUCGAUGCCGCGGUGAAUGGCGGGGUUUCCAGGUACCAAGAGGCUUUCUUUGUCAAAGAAUAUAUUCUAAGUCAUCCUGAAGAUGGGGAGAAAAUUGCCCGGCUAAGAGAACUGAUGCUUGAGCAGGCACAGAUUCUGGAAUUCAGUUUGGCUGUGCAUGAGAAGUUUGUACCUCAAGAUAUGAGACCUCUUCACAAAAAGCUGGUCGACCAGUUCUUUGUGAUGAAGUCGAGCUUAGGAAUACAGGAGUUCUCCGCCUGUAUUCAAGCCAGUCCUGUCCAUUUUCCUAAUGGAAGCCCCCGAGUGUGCAGAAACUCAGCACCUGCUUCCAUGAGUCCAGAUGGUAGCAGGGUAAUUCCUAGACGCAGCCCAUUAAGUUACCCAGCUGUCAACCGGUAUUCCUCCUCCUCACUGUCCUCCCAAGCUUCUGCUGAAGUAAGCAAUAUUACAGGGCAAUCAGAAAGCUCUGAUGAAGUCUUUAACAUGCAGCCAAGUCCAUCUACCUCAAGCUUGAGUUCUACUCACUCCGCUUCACCUAAUGUGACAAGUUCUGCUCCAUCAAGUGCCAGAGCUUCUCCUUUGCUGUCUGACAAACACAAACAUUCCAGAGAAAACUCCUGCCUGUCCCCGAGAGAGAGACCGUGCAGUGCCAUUUAUCCGACACCCGGGGAGCCUUCUCAGAGGAUGCUGUUUAAUCAUAUUGGAGACGGGGCCUUGCCACGCAGUGACCCAAAUCUUUCUGCACCUGACAAAGCUGUGAAUCCCACCCCUAGCAGCUGGAGCCUGGACAGUGGGAAGGAAGCCAAGAACAUGUCGGAUAGUGGGAAACUUAUCUCUCCCCCUGUCCCUCCAAGACCCACACAGACUGCUUCUCCAGCAAGACACACGACAGCAGUCUCCCCCUCGCCUGCCGGGCGGUCUCCAUUGAAGGGCUCCGUGCAGUCCUUCACGCCCUCGCCCGUGGAGUACCACCCCCCGGGCCUGACCUCCAACUCCCCGGUGCUGUCGGGCAGCUACAGCAGCGGCAUCUCCUCCCUCAGCCGGUGCAGCAUGUCGGAAACCUCAGGCUUCGAAAACCAGGCGAACGAGCCGGCGGCGCCCGGCUACAGCGGCCCCGAGGAGCCUGCGCGCAGGGAGAGCAAGACGCCGCCGCCCUACAGCGUGUUCGAGCGCAGCCUGCGGCGGCCCGCGCCGCUGCCGCACAGCCUGUCCAUCCCCGCGGCGGCCCGCGGCCGCGGCCGCUGCCCCGCAAGGUCUCGCAGCUCUGAGGCCCCGCGCCGCGCCCCGCCUGCUGGUUCCCUCGCCGUUUACAGAACGCGAAGUAUGGUGACAGGACACUUAGCGUAGGCACUUUAAUAACGUACUCGGAUCUUUCUUUCAGUGAAUGGAAUUAAAACUUGCUUAUUAAUACGAUGUUGCACAGUAUUGAGAGUUAACUCAUCUAAAACGCCAGAUGUUACGUGAAGCACGGCUGAAUCUCAUUACAAAAGUUUCUCCAUGGAAAGUGGUAAAUAGUGAUAAAGACUCCUUUUGUAUCUUUUUAUGUUCACCUUUUUUUUUUUACCUAGUUUAAUCCUAAACCCAAUACAAUAUUGUCAAACAAGGCAACGUGUGAUAAUGUUGUAUGCUUUUUAUUGAACACUUGAUACUCCAAGAACGCUGAUUUGUCCAUGCACGUCCUCACACGGCGGUCCUUACUUUAGAAGGCUUCCGACUCUUACUGGGAGCAGGAUGACCGCUGCACAUCCUCAGAAAUAAAGGUGAAAGCAGGCCGCUUAGUCAUUGUACUUAAGGGGUUGCCAGGAGUGGGCCUGGAAAUUUUGUUCUGGAAACAAGAUGCUUCUUUAAGGUUGCUUUUGACAUUUGACAGCUGUCUGCCUUCUUAAAACUCUCCUUUGUGAAUUGGUUGCUAAAUGCUUUAGUACCCCGACACCAUGCUAUCUACUGUAUUUCUUUUCAAGGUGCAAUUUGCUUUCUGAGUUCCAAUUAGCUAGAUUAAGUAAGAGACCCCAGAAGGAAUGUUUACUUGAAUUUUGUGCUUCCUUACUUGAUAGUUUCUUACAUAAAAUGUGUCAUUGAAGAAGAGCAGAUGACCAAGUAUUAAAUAGGUACAAAUUACUGUGCCCCCUUAACAAGGAUUCAGGAAUCAAUACAGGACAGUAUUAAAUCAAUAGCAUACAUGAAGAAAAAGAAUCUUAGCGGUAAUAUUUUAGCAUGAUUAAAUGGCAGAAGGACAUCCAGAAGGCAAGGGCAUUAACUUUCAGUCCUGCACAAAAUAAAGAAUGCCUCCCAAUUCGCCAUUCUUACCAGUGGAGUUUGUCUUCUCGGCUGAUCCUGUGGUCCUUUUGUAGGAGGAGAAUGACCCUAGAUGAUUCUAGCUUGAGUAUUGCAACAUAGCAUCUUAGAUCUAGGUAGGCACUUGGAUGCCCCAGUUGUAGGAGUGUGGGAAAAAAAGCACCUUGUAUGUAGUAAUGUAUUUUGUAUCUUUGUUUUAUCUUUUACUGACUGUUUAUAACACUGAAUUGACAAUAGAUAUGAACUCUUAAAUAUUUUCCCUCUUUUGUUGGGAAGCUCAUUUCAGUUUAACCGUGUUUGUUUUUGUUGAUAGCUUACCUAGAAGGCAGUGACCACUUUUUUUAUAUUCUCUUAAUGAAACCAUUCAGCAGGUAUAUGCUGUUGAGGCUGGUUAUAGAGGUUUUCUAUAAUAAAUGUUCAAGUAUUUUUGUACAUAACUGGUUAAUUUUAAUAAGAUAUACCAUUAUGUGUAAAAAAAAAAAAAAAGGAAAAAUAAAAGCAAACAGUUGUGGAUGCAGUAUGAUUGUUAUAAUUAUGCCAAAUACUUUAUGUAUGGAAAAAGAAUAUUUGUACAUAUGUGCUUUUAACAAUAAUUCUGCCAUAUUGACUUUACAAUUUUGAAUGUCAGAAAAAUUAAUAUAUGUUAAAAUAUUUAUGUUUAGUGAAAGUAUUCAUAAUUGAGGAAAAGAACAUAUGAAUUUUAGCUUUGUAUCUUGCAAGUUUUGCAGUUGGAGAUUUAUUGAACUGGCUUUUGCUAUUGAUUAUAACACUUUGUGUUUGUAAUCAUAUCCAUAUAUAUAUAUAUUAUAUAUAUAUAAUAUAUAUAUAUAUGAAGCUCCAAAUUUCUGUUGCUUUAAAGAAGUAAAACCUCCCAUUUAAAUAAGAGAACAUGCAUAAAAUAACAAAACUUCUUUGAUUUCUUUUUCCUGUGUAAUUUAAUAGAUUUCUUGACUAGUGCUUGGGCACAGAAUAAAUCAGUGUUAUUUGCUCUUGAAGCCAUUUUUUUACAAAAAAAAAAUUUGGCAGUGAACAGUUGAAUUUAUCAUGUGUGUGUACUUCUAAAGCAGCUACAUAGCAGAACAUUUCAGGAGAUUUUGUUAGCUCAGAUGUUCAUGUUGGUUGCUGCUGAAUGGUAAAUAUUAAAUAAAGUUACCAGAUUAAUCUUAA